AUGGUUAGUGAUCAGCUGGAGACGAAGGAAGACAAGAAGAUGAUGAGGAAGGGGCUCUGGUCUCCUGACGAGGACGAGAGGCUUUACAGCCACAUCACAAACUACGGCCAGGAUUGCAUCGUGUUAUUGGAUGGGAAACUAACAAAGCAUUCAACUAUUUAUGGAUCUAUCACUGCAGGGCUGAAGAGGAGCGGGAAAAGCUGCAGACUGAGAUGGAUGAACUAUCUGCAGCCAGAUCUCAUCAGGGAGCCCAUCUCCAAGCAGGAAGAGGACCUCAUCGUAUCAUUGCAGAAACUCCUAGGAAACAGGUGGUCUGCGAUUGCGGCAAGAAUGCCUGGAAGGACAGAUAAUGAGAUCAAGAACUACUGGAACUCACGCAUCAAGAAGAAGCUCCAGCAGAGGAUGAACACCGGCGGCAACUACCAAUCACCACCAGAAGUGCACCAAACAGCUGGGGAGGGAGCCGCUGAUAUGAACACUGGUGGCAACCUGCAGGCGGAUUUGUAUCAACAAGCAGCUACCUCAAACGUUCGAGUUGAUCAUGGCAGCACAACCUCGCACAACAGCUCGGCAGAUCACCCAAGGCCGCUGCCUCAGCUUCCAGUUUUCACAGGCCAACUACUACUGGAUCCUGAUGCUGCCGUUCGAAAUGGGGAGCAGACAGCAGCAGCACAGUCCUCCCUCUGUGUACCAUUUUCCAAGAGUCAUGAGAGAAACUUUGUGGAAGAGUAUGUUGAAUUCCUCAUGUCUGUUUCGGAUGAACUACCGGAGAUAUGA